AUGUCAUUGUGGUCUUGGGGUGCUAACUCGCAUGGACAAUUGGGAUUGGGUAUUAUAAAUGAGCAAAUAGAAAAGCCUACAAAAGUAGAAGAUAUACAUCUCUAUGAAAAUAAAAUAAAACAAAUUUCCUGUGGAGGUGGACAUAGUCUUUUACUAGAUGAUGCGGGAAAACUUUAUUGUUGUGGUUGGAAUAAUAAAUUACAAUUAGCAACACAAGAUGAGGUAAACACUUUCCACAGAACAUGGAAAUUAAGUGGUAUAACAUUUACGAAUAUUGCUUGCGGUUGGGACUUUAGCUGUGGAGUAACAGAUGAUCAUUACUUAUUUGUUUGGGGUUCAAACAGUCAUGGCCAGUUGGGGUUGCCUAAAGAACACUUUUCUGAAUCUAUGAGGCCUAUAAGACUAGAAGUUAAAGCAAAUAAUGUCUCAAUGGGACUGAGACAUACAGCUAUAGUUAAUUCCAAGGGGCAAGUGUGGACAACUGGUUGUGGUAAGCAUGGACAACUUGGACUCGGGAGUAAUGUGUUAUCAAGUGAUAGAUUUCAGCAAGUUGAAGGUGUUGGUAAGAUAUCUCACAUUGCAUGUGGGCAGAACCAUACUGUAGCAUGGUGUUCAGACCAAAAGGCACUUUACGUGUGGGGUGAUAAUAAAUUUGGCCAGUUACUCCUUUGUUCACAGAAAUAUAGAAAACUAUAUAAACCUAAUAAAAUAGAUAUAGAUGUUAAGCAACAAGUAAGGAAACUAUUAAGUGGUUGGACAAAUGUGCUAUUGUGGUUGGAAAAUGGUACAAUGUUAACUUGGGGAAGAAAUAAUCUUGGCCAAAGUGGCACAGAGAAUGUAAUACCAGUUGGACGUUUUGCACAAAUUUCUUUGCCAGAGGGCAGAGAAGUGAAGGAUAUAGCUUUAGGAUCGGAACAUACUAUAUGUUUGGCAACUGACAAUACAAUCUGGGCAUGGGGUUGGAAUGAACAUUGCAACACAGGAAUAAAAUCAGAGAAUAAUAUUUUAAAACCGACAUUAUUACCAUUGGAUUUAAAUAAAAAUUCUAUCAUCACUCAAAUAUACUCUGGCAGUGCACAUAAUUUCAUUGUUAUUGAGGAAUCAAGGAUUGAAGAAGCUGAUAAUAAUGCAAAUAAUGAACUUAAUUCUCAAGAAAUAUGA